UGUAUUAUUUUCUGCAGCUCUGUGGUAGACUGGAUGAUGCUUAACUUUGUCCCACGGAGGGUAAAUUUAUAACAUCUAAUAACAGGAGGAGGCAUCUUUGAGUGGGACGACCACGCCCCGGCCCGUCCGUGCAAGUGCAGCAGGCUAAAGCUAGCUUGGAGCCUGUACAUCCGGGCAAUUUUCUCCGUUGACAUCCCUGCGAAGAUGGCGACGACUGGGAGGAGUGCAUUAUUAUCCUCCACCUUAACUGGAUCCAAGAGCGCACUGGAGAGCUGCAACCCGGAGGAGGAUGACGGGCAGAACUUGUGGUCUACGAUACUGAGCGAAGUGUCAACCCAUUCAAGAUCAAAACUACCGUCCGGGAAAAAUGUCCUGGUUAUGGGGGAGGUUGGCUCAGGGAAGACCACCUUGGUUGCUAAACUACAAGGAGUUGAAGAGUACAUGAAAGGGCGAGGUCUAGAAUACCUUUACAUCAGUGUCCACGAUGAUGACAUUGAUGACCACACAAGGUGUAAUGCCUGGGUGUUGGACGGAGACCUUUACCAUAAAGGUCUACAGGGAGUUGCUGUACCGGUGGAUGCAAUCAGCAACACGUUGUUGCUGAUAACGGUUGACAUGUCGCGGCCGUGGAACGCCCUGGACUCGCUCCAGAAGUGGGCCGCCGUCGCUAGGGAACACGUCGACAAACUGCGGGUCCCCCCGGAAACGCUGCGGGAAUUGGAGCACAGACUUGUAAAACAGUUCCAGGAGUACACAGAGCCCGGCAGUGGGGAGGAUGGGACCCCACAGAGGAGAGGAGAAGAGGAGGAGAGUGUGUUGCUGCCAUUAGGAGACAACACACUCACACACAACCUGGGCAUACCAAUGGUAGUGGUCUGCACCAAGUGUGAUGCUAUCAGCACUUUGGAGAAGGAGCACGACUACAGAGACGAACACCUGGACUUUAUCCAGUCCUAUAUCAGACAGUUUUGUCUGCAGUAUGGAGCGUCUCUUAUUUACACAUCAGUAAAGGAGAUGAAGAACCUGGAUGUGCUAUAUAAAUAUCUGGUCCACAGACUUUACGGCUUUCCAUUCCACUGCCCUGCGCAAGUGGUGGAAAGAGAUGCAGUCUUCAUUCCCUCGGGUUGGGACAAUGAAAAGAAGAUUGCAAUACUUCAUGAGAACUUCCAGACAAUAAAAGCAGACGACGGGUUUGAAGAUGUAAUUGUCAAACCACCAGUCAGAAAGGUUGUACAUGAAAAAGAAAUUCAAGCUGAAGAUGACCAAGUUUUUCUGGUCAAACUGCAGUCACUGCUGGCCAAACAGCCUGCUGUUACCGUAGGCCGACCUGUGGACACCACAACCAGAGCACCCACUGGUUCCCCGAGGACGAGCAAUCGUUCAGCAGCGGCCAAUGUGGCCAACGCCAUGCCGCAGUCGGGUACGCUGCGUCAUAUUUCCACACAAAUGCGAACCGCCAGCAUGUGGUUUGUAUGGCUGUUAAUUUCUGUGUAUGCUACAGGUCAACCCAAUGAGGGCGUCUUGGCCAACUUCUUCAACAGUCUACUGACAAAGAAAGCAGGCACAGGAGGACCCGGGACGCCGGGUGGCGGCAACAACACUCCGGGGACUGUACGCAAGUCAGGCUCCAAGCUGGGCCUGAGUGAUGUGCAGGCAGAGCUGGACCGCAUAUCCAACCGGGAAACGGACUUGGACUUGCCCAAUGCCAAUGAGACCCCUGCCACCGACGGCCAAGACACAUGAAGUCCAACACGCUUCAUUUCCCCCCUGCUCUUCUUCUUUCCUCCUCCACCACCUCAGUCACCCUCCGCCUCUUUUGCCCUCCCUCCCUCUGCUCUGUCACACGGCUAUGCAAGGUAACAAAGAGGGAAGUAGGGGAAAAGAAAAGGCGGAUACCUAGUUUUCUCCCUGUUAUCUUUCAUCUUCCACAAGGAGACUUCUCCUCCCCUCAUGCCUUCAUCCAAAACUUGCCCCCCACCUUUCCAAUCCCACCUACAUACCGUUUUCUUUCCUGGCUGUUACACUGAGGAUUUGUCACUGUUGCAUACAAGAGUGGGUAUGAGGGACCAAUGUGGGAGGUGUAGGCUGGAAUGAUGUUUGGGAAUAUCUGCAUUGUGAGGGUGGAAGUGAAGGUGUUUUAUCCAUCCAUUAAUUGUGAUGGUUCAGUUACAUGUUUUUUUUUAUGCUAGAAACUGCUGAAUGACACAUGUUGAAGAAACUGCACUUAGAUACUUGGGAUGUUUGGCCAAGGGCUUAGGUGGAGGAAGAGAUUCAGAACAAAAAUGUAUGCCUGAAACAAUACUUUUUUUUUUUAAAGAAGGGACAAACAUACCUGUGUGUGUGCGUGUGAAUGUGUGUGUAUAUGAGAGAAUGAGAGUGAAAAUGAAGGAUGUCAUUGCAACCUAUGUGUAUGUUGAAGGAUUUCUGGCUAUUUACAAACCAAAAAGCAAAAAACCUGACUAUGCUUUUGACACUACACCCUUUGAAGGACACUAUCCCACGAAAGUAAACAUGAAAAUAUGGCGGACCUCACUGUCCCAACACACUUGAUGUUUGGCCAAACUCCCCUCAAGAUACAUCGCGCUCACACGCGCAGCGCACUGCAUUAGGAGAGUGAGCUUUAUACUUGUACAGAACGACACACCACUGAUUCCAUACUUACUGCGGGCAGGGGGUCAAAGUAUGAUGGGGUCAUAUCAAGAAUGUACAGCCAUUGUCUUGCUGAUUGGUCCUGUUAUUUCAGAGCUCUGUGUUGGCGUUUGUAUAAUCAGAUCUGUUAAUCAGUCAAAUAAAAGGUGUAUUUAUUCGGA